UUGUCUUUUAGUAGGAUCACUUUCUCUCUCUCUCUCUCUCUCAACGAUAUUCUAAAGAGUUGGAAUGUUUUCCACCAAAUCAAAUCAGUCUUAGACAGCCCGCCUUGCGUUGUCUUGAGGAAAUCAAAUUUGAAAUAACGUGUCCGAUUCUUUCUUCUUGAAGAAAACAAAUGGCUCCAAUCCAACCUUCUAUGAAUGCAACGUUGUUCUCAAAGUUGCAACAAAAACUGAAACAUUACAAAUAUCCAGAAUGGUCGCAACUUAAGCUAAAGGAACGAGUGAAACCUUCCUUCUUUCUGAAAUUAUUACGUUGGAUAGCUGGAAAGUUUCCUGCAUAUGUGAUGGAUGGAAUGGAGAAGCAGUCUAUUUCUGAUCAACAUUUUUCUACCACAUAUCGUUUAUUGCGAAGGCUUUGGAUCAUUUUUCGUUGCCACUUUGGUUUGCAGCCACCUUUUGAUGAGGACUUUUUCUUGAACAAGGCAACCGAUGAAGAGAAAUGCCUGUUUAUAUUACAAGUAAUCGACUAUAUGGAAGAAUAUGAUUUGUUGCGCGAUGACAAUUUCGAACAUAGUCAAAGGUUUUCUUCUAAGAGAGACAUAUUCGAACCUCGUUCCCAAACCAUCCAAUCAUUUUCCUCAUCUACAACGUAUCCUUUCCAUCUUAAAGCAACUGGACGUCAAUCUCCUAUCACAAACUAUACUCAAGUAUUCUAUCGAAAUUUAGCUAGUCUUUCUUCCAGCGAAGUGCAUAGUAUAGAUGAAGAACCAAAGCCUCAUGUUCCAUUGGAGGUUCCUCAAACAUCCACUUCCUUUGCAAGUUCGGUAACCUUUAGUUCACCACCAGAGACCUGCAUGAUGACUGAAACAAGAUUUGAGAAUUUAUUAGGAAAGAUGUUGGCUCCUAUUGAGCAGGAUAUUCAUCGUUUAAGCGAUCGUUUAGGAAGAGUAGAACUCCAAAUGGAUAGAAUGGAGUUGCAGAUUGAUCAUUUGGUUUCUCAAAUGCGAAAGCAACAAGCCUCGAAGCAUCCCAAGUCGGAAGAACAGCCAUAUGUUUGUGAAGAGGAGAUGGAAGAAUCUUUUCACUCUUAUGAAGAGCAACCUUUUGCAGCAGACAGAUCAUUCGUUGGUGACGAAUACUUUGAAGAACAAUAUGCUCCUUCUCUUGAGAAUCCAUCACUAGACCAUCCAUAUGAUGGUUUGAGAGACAGUGCAAUGGGGAAAGAUGCAUCUUCUAUUCCUUCAGCUGGAACUCAUGACAAUUUGGAAGAUUUUUUGAGAAUUUUACGAGAGAAAAUGAACAAUGCAAGAGACAUUUUACAAAGAGCCACCGAGCGGAAUGCUGGCUAUUGACAAUUGCUAUUUUCAUAUCAAAUGUGGAUCAACGGAUUGCAACAAUACAAAGUCAUAUUGUAGAAGCUAAGUUAUUGUUUCACAGUUUU